AAUAUGAGAAAGAGUCAUCCGGCAUCCAAUAUUAACGGCAUCGUCUCUGUAACCUCAACUUCCUAACACCCCCUUCUCUCUCUCUCUCCCGGAGACAUUUCAUCAUCUUCUCCACCAGAUCGCAACUCUCUGUUCCAAACAUUAAGGUAUGGAAGAUUAUAGACGACAAGGUGGAAUCCAGCAAUUGCUAGUUGCUGAACAAGAAGCUAGACAAAUAGUCAACACUGCAAGAACUGCAAAACUUAAUAGACUAAAGCAAGCAAAAGAUGAAGCUGGAGAAGAAGUAGCUAAAUAUCGCGCCAAUAUGGAGAAAGAAUUCCAGAAAAUAAUCUCAGAUUCGACUGGUUUUUCUGGAGUGAAUGUGAAGAGGCUGGAUGAAGAGACAGCUACAAAGAUCGAUCAGUUGAAAAAACAAGCUGCAAAAGUUUCACCAGAAAUUGUCAAGAUGCUCAUGACCCAUGUCACAGGUGUCAAGAUUUGAAUCAUUUUGGACAUGCUUAAAAAGGAUUUUGUUAUCCUUCUUGAUUAGUAACUUUUAAUCUCUUUUUUGGGAUAAAUAAAUUAAUGCAGCAUUUUCUGUGCUGAUGUCAUCUUUUUUCUA